AUGCCUUCCAACGAAUCUUCCACUCCUCAGCAUGUAACUGUCUCUAUACCUGACAAGGGUCUCUCAGCUGAAGAUGUGGGAGAAUUGUUACAAAAGCACAUGGCAGCAGAUACACCUCCCUCCCAUGAUCUUGGACGAUUUACAACAACCAUGUUUGAUGAGACGGCCAUCAAUGUCAUGGUUGCAGGUAGUCUACGAAAUCAACCAUGCAUUGAGGAGUACCCAUCUCUAGCAGACUUUCAAGAAAAAUGUGUCUCUAUGCUCGCCAAUCUUUGGAAUGCCCCCAGUGGCUUCUUCGGUGCCGCAACGACCGGGUCAUCCGAAGCCGUUCUUCUCGGUGGUCUCGCCAUGAAACGGCAGUGGCAGCUUGAACAUCCUUGGUACUUGAACUCCCGUCCUAAUAUCAUCAUCGGUGCGAAUGCACAUAUCUGUGUCAACAAAGUUGCAAAUUACUUUGACGUCGAGGCUCGGAUCAUCCCUGUUAGUCCAAUUCUUCUCAUUUAUGCUAACUUUUUAACUAUAGUUGGUGUCUUCUUGACUCUGGGGACUACCUACACUGGACAUUAUGAUCCUAUCCAACAAGUUUCAAGAGUACUAGACGAGUACGAGCAUCAAACAGGGAACAAUAUCCCCAUCCACGUUGACGCUGCAAGUGGUGGCUUUAUUGCACCUUUUACUUCCAGCAACACAAAUUUUAUCUGGGACUUUCGACUCCCUCGCGUCCAAUCUAUCAAUGUUUCAGGACACAAGUUUGGCAUGGCACCUCUAGCAGUGGGGUGGAUAAUCUGGCGUGAGAAGUCACAUAUCCCCCAAUGCCUCCUACUCGAGUCUUCCUAUCUCCGGGGAACUCAGAGCAAUUUCUCUUUGAGUUUCUCGAGAUCUGGUGCGCCUAUUGUUGGUCAAUAUUACAAUUUUCUUCGUUUGGGGCUAGCUGGGUAUCAUGAGAGAACUCAUAGCUUGUUCGACCGGGCUUGCCAUUUGAGUAUCCGACUGGAGGAGACGGGGUAUUUCUCCUGUUUGAGUGAUGCUCAUCGGCGACAGAUACCAGGUGUCUGCCAUGACCUCUGUCGAGAGGGUGAUCGGGUUACUGCUCCUGCGCUUCCGGUUGUGGUUUUUAGACUCACCGAUCAUGUCCGACGACUCUAUCCGAAGAUGCAACUGUCCGAUGUGAGUGAUGCAAUGCAUGGUUUCAAAUUCUCUAUUCCAAACUACAAUCUUCGUGGCUGGGGAUAUCAUGGUGAAGAUAUAGAAGUCAUGAGAAUAGUGCUUCGUGACGAAAUGACCAUGGAGAUGAUGGGAGAAGUGCUCUCAGGCAUAACUCGGGCAGUUGAAAGACUGAUAGACCAG